UUUGGUGUGAGCAUGGUUGUUCCGUUACUGAACCUUCAUAUCAAAUCUUUAGGAGCAAGUCCUACUGUUGCUGGAAUAAUAGGCUCUCUCUAUGGUGUAAUGCAGCUCUUCUCAAGCACAUUUGUGGGCUGCUGGAGUGAUGUAGUAGGAAGACGGUACUCCUUGCUUGCUUGCAUUCUUCUCAGUGCACUGGGUUACUUUCUUCUUGGAACAUCCACGACUGUGUUCCUGUUUGCUUUUUCUAGAGUCCCUGUAGGUAUUUUCAAGCAUACUCUCUCCAUUUCUAAAGCCCUGCUUUCUGACUUGGUUUCUGAGAGAGACCGUCCUCUAGUCAUAGGACGCUUCAAUGCAGCCUCUAGUGUGGGCUUCAUACUGGGUCCUGUGGUUGGUGGCUACUUUACAGAGCUGGAAGGUGGCUUUUAUCAAGCAGCUUUCAUCUGUGCUUCUAUCUUCAUUCUGAAUGCUGGUCUUGUCUGGAUGUUACCAUGGACUGAAGAAAACAAACGCAGUAGUGAAUGUGGCAGCAUUAGCAACAAAGUUACGGACAAUUUCUCAGCAAAAGCAAAUCAUGAUGUGCAGUUCAAAUGGGUAACUGUUGGAUCUAUGACAAGUGGUAGUCCUCUCCAGUCUUCAUGGAUCCAAACCGCAACGGUGCUGAAGAGGAUUAAAGGCGUUGCAUGCUCUGAUUUAUGGGAUAUACUUCUAGUGCGGUUACUGAUGUCUGUUGCUGUACUGCUGUACUACAGUAAUUUUGGUCUGGCCUUGGAGGAGAGAUUUGGGGUGAAACCCAAGUUCACUGGAUAUCUCUUAAGCUAUAGUAAUACUGUUGGAGCCCUGGCUGGUUGUCUGCUUGAGCCAAUAACAAGACUGUACCGGCACAACACUUACAUGAUUUUGUUGCAUUCCAGCAUUCUUACCUGCACACUGAUUCUUCUCUAUUCAUCAGCACUUAACAUAUGGACAGUCAUUUUGUCUUCCACUUUCUUAGCUUUUUCGACUACUGUAGGCCGUACUUGUAUCAUUGAUCUUGAAUUGACCUUUGGUGGGAAUCAGGCCAGUGGUACACUCCUAGGUGUUGGACAGUCUGUGACAUCAGUGGGACGUGUAGUUGCCCCGCUCCUUUCAGGAAUUGCUCAGGAGUUCAGUCCCUGUGGCCCUCCAAGUCUGGGGGCUGGACUAGCUCUGGUAGCUAUUCUGAUAAUGAACAUGAACAAACCAAAAUACUGUGGCAAUGGAAGUGUUAAGUUAAAAAAUCAGUAGCUGCAAAUUCGGAUGGAAUGGAAUAUCUUAAAGGAGAGAGAAAGUGAAUUCAAGAACCUGGAGUGAUGCUUACACCUGCCAGACCCAUACAGUAGUAACAGAACACUUUAAGAGGGCACAUCAUAUGUUCACAUGGAAGCAAGUACAUAAAAAUGUUUUCUGCAGGGUUGUUACUCUGUACAGUUCUUUCUGAACUGGUGCCACUGGAACCCUUGUGAAAGAGACAUUAAUAUAUUGUGUUGAGGGUUUUGGCUUUUUAAGGAUUUUUAACCUUUUGGAGGAAAAAAAUGAUACGAAAUAGAAAAAGUCCUGCUUGAGCUCACAUUUGAAGCAAUGUUUACAUUGAUAAGUUCAGACAUGAAUAAGUUGAUUCUUAUUAUUUAAUUAGAGGUGUAUUUUUUUUUUAUUUAAACAGAAAGAUUUUGCAAUAUAACUCAUUAGCCUUUGUUUCUUAUGCUGUUAUGAAUAAGCCAUUGGUCUGCUGUGAAAGUGGCAUAAUUAACAGGAUAUUUCCGUAUAUGAUGACAUGAAGCAUGCUUUGCCUGUAAUACUUACUGUGCAGCAUGAUUAGGUGCUUUAGAGCAGCCAUCUGACCCUUACUGAUUCUUUCCCAGAUAACAGAAGUUGAGUAUGUGCUAACUUCAUGUAUUAGCAGGCCUAAAAAAGUUUUAAAGUAAUAUGGGAUCUUCAGACUGAAACUGAGAACGUAAACUUUAUUGAAAGUUGCACUAGUGGUUUCUGUAUUAAUUAUGACUUCCUGACAACUUUACCAUAAAUAUUUUUUGUAUUUCCUGAGCAAUUUUUCUACUUUCAUUUUAAAAAUGAAUUUCCUUCUUAAUUUUUCUGGAUGACUGUUAAAGGUACGCUGGCGCAAAUAGCAGUAGUUUAAAGGGGGCUUUGGAUUAAUGUGUUCUCUUUCGUCUUUGGAAGCAUAAAUGACGUCUUAGUGACAAGAGAAUACUUGUUUAUUUGUUGGUGUUCCAGUCAUCACUUGUCCGGAUGGCUUCACCAAAGAAAGAUUACUCACAGAACUACAGUGAGAGUUGUAGCAUUGGCUGGUUGCUAUUUGUUGUUCAAACUCAUAUUACGCAGCAGUCAUCACCGUCAUUUAAUUUGAAACACACAGAAAGUAUAUUUUGCACUAGUAACGUCAGUCCCACACGCUUUUCCUAGCGUUACUUGAUGAAGGUAGAAAGUCAACUAUGGAGAAUGUUAUUUUUUGGUAAAAGCAAUGUAGUUAUCUCCCUGAAGACAUAUGUGCAAAUAAUGUUGCUCUUUCAGGAGAGUCAUAGAUGUUUUGCAGUUUUUAUUUUUGUUUUCUUCCUUUCCCUUUCAAGAGCACCUGAUAUAAUUUAAGGUCCUUGCUGAAACUCAGUGAUUCCAAUGGAAGCAUCAUGAGAAUAGAUGUAACAGUUCCAGUUGUUUUAAUUUUGUAUAUUGAGCUGAUGAGUGUGUGUCUUAUUACUGCUGUCAUUUCAGUAGAUAGCCUCAUUUUGUGUGUGCUGGGUAAAGCUCACACAGAAAAAGAGUUACCUGUUCUUAUAGUGUAUGUUUCAUUUAUCCCUAUGAAUUUGAGGAAUUUUCGAGUAUUUUAUGUGCCCUUGCUUUGCUUGGUAGUUGCCUCAAAGCAUUCUCCAUAAAUUUCCUAUCCUGUUCCUUUCCAUGAGUUAAAAUAAAUAUUUUUUUCCUAAAACUGCUUUCCCCCGAAACAGUGACUUCUGUUUUGCAACUACAGCAAGGAGUAAAGGAAAAAUGGGGGGGGCGAAGACUGAAGAUUAAUUCAAUAUGUAUGAAAGAUUGAGCAAAUUUUACUAUCCUUGUUGGUUAUAUUAGGUAACAGAUGCCAUUUACCCUUGUAGAGUCAAUGCACUGAUUAAAGCUAAAUUCUGUAAACACCAUAAAAUUCAAUCUAAGCUAAACUAUACAGCAGCCUGAAUAUUGCUUUUCUGCAUAUAAAACAUCACUGGUUUUGUUUAUGCAUAAUUGAAAAAUAUGCUAUCCACAGUCAGCAAAUAUUUUUGUUUUAUUAUGUUAUUUUGAAAAAGUUCUCCAUAUACUCUUAAAUAAAAAUGGAAUUAAAUAUUUGAAUUCAUAAACCUGUGGAAGCCUGUGGUCUCAGGAACACAUUUUAACUGAUGUUACGGAAGAAAAGUUUUUACUUGUUAGCCAAAAUGAUUUCUGAAGUGCUGUAAAAAUAUUUCUUCUUGUAAAGCUACAGUUACAAAAAAGUUGCACUAAAAUUGUUUUUAAAGAAUAGCAAUAAAAUGAAAUGACAUUCCACUUCUGCCAUUUUGUCACUGUGAUUUUACCGUUUUCUCUGCUGAAACUAUAGUUUCAUAAAAAAUAAAGUUUCCACCUGCAAGUGUGCACAAAUUAAGACUUUCCCUUGCUUGCUGUUACUUUAUUUUGGGGGUUGUUUUGUAGGAGGGUUUUUUACCUUUUGAAAGUUUCCUUUUUUUAAGAGUGACUACUUUUCUGACCUUUAUGGUCAGCUCAUGUUUAAGGGGCUGCACAUACAAUGCAGUAACUUCUUUCUGUAAAACAGCUGGUAGUGUAUGAUAUGUACUCG